CGGCUCCGGAGCGGCCCGAAGGCGCCCGAGCGCCCGCCCGGCCGGACAGCUGGAGGCGGCCGCAGCGCCAUGUUUGAUGCUCCGCUACUCCAGUGAGGAAAAUCCGCCGGCAUCGCCCCCGAGCCGCCGCCGCGAACGGCUCCGCUGCCCCCGGCGAGGGCGACCGCGACCCCCCGCCGCCGCCGGCUCAUGAGCAGCGCGGCCUGAGCCGCCCCCCCUUCCCUCCCUCCCUCCCCUCCCUCCCUCCCUCCCCGCCGGCCCCUCUCCCGAGCCCUCCGGGAGGCGCGUUGUCACGGAGACCGGCGCCGGUGCCGGCCCGCCGCGCUGCCCCGGCUCUCCCCCGGCCCGCUCCGCGGCUCCCCCCGGCCCCGCUCCCCGCCGCGGGGUGGUGGCUGCGCUUGGCCAUGAGUUUACCGCAGAAGGCGGCUUUGAAACCCGGCGCGGCGGCGGCGGCGGGGACCGGCCCCGGGAGCGGGGCGGCGGCGGGGCCGCCUCCCCCCCCGGCUCCCCCUCACCCGGCGCCGGCGCCUCACCCCAACAUCAGGGCCUUGCCGCCACAGCCGCCCCAACAAAUCCCCCGAGGUCCUGUCCAGCAGCCCCUGGAGGAUCGGAUCUUCACUCCGACCGUCUCGGCUGUGUACAGCACUUUUAUCUCCACACAGGUAACACAAGUAGCAAGACAACCGGGUCCUCCUGCCCCAUCCCCUUACACUGCACAUGAAAUAAAUAAGGGACACCCAAACCUUGCUGCAACGCCACCGGGACAUGCAUCGUCCCCUGGGCUCUCACAGGCUCCUUAUCCCUCAGGACAGAAUGCAGCUCCCACCACGCUGGUGUACCCUCAAGCCCCUCAAACAAUGAACACUCAGCCUCAGACCCGCUCGCCGCCCAGCAGAACAGUGCCAAUACAUUGCACAGAAAACUGGAAGAGGAGGAAGGUUUUGGAACAGAGUCCGGUUUACAGGUCCCUGGCUGGAAGAGGCUGGAUAAAAUACUGCAUUUUUGCAGCGGGGCCUCGACCUGCCCAUCACCAGGGAGGAUUCAGACCUAUACAGUUUUUUCAGAGGCCUCAGAUCCAGCCUCCAAGAGCCACCAUCCAGAACAGCAACCCCUCCAUCCGUCCCGGAGCGCAGACCCCGACUGCCGUGUACCAAACCAACCAGCACAUCAUGAUGGUGAACCACCUGCCAAUGCCCUACCCCAUGCCUCAGGGCCCCCAGUACUGUAUCCCACAGUAUCGUCACAGUGGCCCUCCCUACGUCGGGCCACCACAGCAAUAUCCUGUGCAGCCACCAGGACCAGGACCCUUCUACCCAGGCCCAGGUCCUGGAGAAUUCCCCAAUGCCUACGGAACACCCUUCUACCCCAGCCAGCCCGUGUACCAGUCUGCACCCAUCAUUGUGCCUACGCAGCAGCAGCAGCCGCCGCCUGCCAAGAGAGAGAAGAAAACGAUCCGAAUCCGGGAUCCAAACCAGGGGGGCAAAGACAUAACAGAAGAAAUCAUGUCUGGAGGGGGCAGCAGGAACCCCACGCCCCCCAUUGUCAGACCCACCUCCACCCCGACUCCACCUCAGCAGGUGCCCAGCCAGGUCCCCGAGCCCGUUCCCACGGCGUUGGCAGCCCUGGAGAGCUCCCACCCCUCCAGCAGCACUGCACCCCCUGCCUCCAAACAAGAAGAGAAGCCAAAACCAGAUCCAGUAUUAAAACCACCUUCUCCAGUCCUCAGAGCAGAACCAGCUGGGGAGAAGAAAGAUCAGGCUGGGCAGACGGCUGAGAUCCCUCCCUCAGUGGAAGCCCCGGCAGAAGCUCCUCGUGCUCCAUCACCGGCCCCGGCCGCUCCGGUCCCCGCUGUCCCCGCGGCCGCCACCGCUGUCCCCGCGCCCAGCAGAGCCGAGCCGGAGGACAAAUGUGACAAAUGUGAACUGGCCUUCCCCAGAGAGGAGGCGCUGCCUUCCCCCAGUGCCACAGCCUGCCCGGAGCCUGCGGCCGCUCCUGCUGAGGAGGGUGCCGAGGCGUGCCCGGAGCCCAGCAGUGCAGUAGCAUCCCCCGGGGACACCCCGGUGGCACUGCCGGCCGUGCCCGCUCUCACCGGCGACACGGGCGGCGCCGAGCCCGCGGCAGAGGCGGCCCAGGAGGAGGCUGCGGCGGUGGCUGUGGAGGUGGAGCCCAGCGAGGCCGCCCCAGCGGAGGUGGAGGGCGCUCCCUCGGCUCCCGGUGCUGCUGCCGCUGCUCCCUCUCCUCCGCCCACCCCGCCGCCCACCCCGCCGCCCCCGUCCCCUCCGCUGCCCCCCAGCGCUGCUGUCACCACUACAGCUCCUUCUCCACCUCCUCUCCCGUCUGCCAGUGCCCUCCCUGGUGUCCAGGGGGAUUUAGAAGGAGAGGAGAGCACAAGAACUACUCUUAGUGAAGAGGUAAAAGAAACUGAAAGGAAGGAAGAGACAGAAGCAGAUGGGCAACUGGAGGAGAGCCGGGAGGCUCUGAGUGUGAACUCAAGCAAGAGUCCUGUCCCAGCCCAAACCGCUGUAACUGCACCAAAGACCUGGAAGAAACCAAAAGAGCGACCCCAAGGCACUGAGGAGGUGACAGAGGCAGAAACAGAGCCGAAGGAGGAGGAGGAGGAGGAACCUUCAGGGGACAAAGUACUUGAAUCCGAGCAGGAGAAAACGAGCCAUGGGCUUGAGGCAGAGAGGGAACCCUCAGAGCUGCAAGCAGUGAAAGCUGUGGAGGAGAACGGGGAGCAGGAGGCAGAGCCGGUGCGGAACGGAGCCGAGAGCGUCUCGGAGGGCGAGGGCGCCGACGGCACCUCCGGCUGCGCCGAGAGCCCCGCGGAGGGGACCCUGUACCAGUACAAACCAGAGCAGUGGAAGCCCCUGGACCCCGAGGGGAAGAAGCAAUACGACCGGGAGUUCCUGCUGGACAUCCAGUUCAUGCCUGCCUGCAUCCAGAAGCCCGAGGGGCUGCCUCCCAUCAGCGACGUGGUGCUCGACAAGGUGAGAGGAGAGCCCAUAAAACAGGUCAGUCAGCCCAAGCUGCCGCUGAGGACUCUGGACCCCCGGAUCCUGCCACGAGGCCCCGACUUCACGCCAGCCUUUGCUGAUUUUGGGAGGCAAGCCCCCGGGGGAAGAAACGUGUCUGGAAGUGCCUGCAAAGUGCAGAGCACCCCUGGAUUGCCCUCCCUGGCUCGGUGCGGGCCCCCAUCAUGCCCUCUCUUGGUCUCGCCUCACCCACCAUUGAGGAACCUGCCGAUAGGGUUGUUGAAUGUUGGACCGAGGAGAUCUCAGCCUGGCCAGAGGAGGGAGCCCAGGAAGAUCAUCACUGUGUGUGUGAAGGAGGAUGUGCACCUGAAGAAGGCAGAGAACGCCUGGAAGCCAAGCCUGAAGAGGGAAAACCAAACUGAGGACCCAGAAAAUGUCAAAACCCAGGAGCUGUUCCGCAAGGUACGAAGCAUCUUGAACAAGCUGACGCCCCAGAUGUUCAACCAGCUGAUGAAGCAGGUGACAGACCUGACGGUGGACACGGAGGAGAGGCUGAAGGGAGUCAUUGACCUGGUCUUUGAGAAGGCCAUCGACGAGCCCAGCUUCUCCGUGGCCUACGCCAACAUGUGCCGCUGCCUGGUGACGCUGAAAGUGCCCAUGGCAGACAAACCUGGGAGCACAGUAAAUUUCCGUAAGUUGCUGUUAAAUCGCUGCCAGAAGGAAUUUGAAAAGGACAAGGCUGACGAUGAUGUCUUUGAAAAGAAGCAGAAAGAACUCGAAGCUGCCACCACUCCAGAGGAGAAGACACGGCUCCACGACGAGCUGGAGGAGGCCAAGGACAAAGCCCGGCGGAGAUCCAUCGGGAACAUCAAAUUCAUCGGCGAGCUCUUCAAGCUGAAGAUGCUGACCGAGGCCAUCAUGCACGACUGCGUGGUGAAGCUGCUGAAGAACCACGACGAGGAGUCCCUCGAGUGCCUUUGCCGCCUGCUCACGACCAUUGGCAAGGACCUGGACUUUGAGAAGGCAAAGCCCCGCAUGGACCAGUAUUUUAAUCAGAUGGAGAAGAUUGUGAAAGAGAGGAAAACCUCCUCAAGGAUUCGGUUCAUGCUUCAGGAUGUAAUAGACCUAAGGCUGUGCAACUGGGUGUCACGGAGAGCAGACCAGGGCCCCAAAACCAUCGAGCAGAUCCAUAAAGAAGCCAAGAUUGAAGAGCAGGAAGAACAGAGGAAGGUGCAACAACUCAUGACCAAAGACAAGAGGAGACCAGGUGUCCCACGGGUCGACGAAGGCGGCUGGAACACUGUGCAGGGGGCAAAGAACAGCAGAGUGCUGGACCCCACCAAGUUCCUUAAAAUCACCAAGCCCACAAUAGAUGAGAAGAUUCAGCUCGUGCCUAAAGCCCAGUUGGGCAGCUGGGGGAAGGGCAGCAGUGGUGGAGCCAAGGCAAGCGAGAUGGACUCCUUGCGACCAAGUGCCACAAGUCUGAACAGAUUUUCUGCCCUGCAGCCUCCAGUGUCCCCAGUAUCUGCCUCAUCUGCAUCCUCAGAACUAGAAUCUCGCAGGGCCUUAACGAGUCGCGGGAGCACGGGCAGGGAGAAGAACGACAAAGCUCUGCCCCCCUCCCUGGCCCGGCCCAACACCUUCCUGAGGGGCAGCAGCAGCAAGGAGCUGCUGCUGGACAACCAGGCCCAGGAGGAGCAGCGCAGGGAGAUGCUGGAGACGGUGAAGCAGCUGACAGGAGCCAUGGAGAUGGACAGGAACAGCACCGAGGCCGAGAGGAGCAAAGCCAAGGAACCUGCCAAGCCAGAAGUUCCCCCAGCUCCAGUGCAAGAAAAGCCUUCACUAUCAGAAGAGGAAAUAGAGAGAAAAUGCAAAUCUAUCAUUGAUGAGUUCUUGCAUAUUAAUGAUUUUAAGGAGGCCAUGCAGUGUGUGGAGGAGCUCAGUGCCCAGAGCCUGCUGCCCGUGUUCGUGCGUGUGGGCGUGGAGUCCACGCUGGAGCGGAGCCAGAUCACCAGGGAUCACAUGGGCCAGUUGUUACAUCAGCUGGUGCACUCAGGAAAGCUGAGCAAGCAGGAGUUCUUCAAGGGUUUCUCUGAGACCCUGGAGAUGGCAGAUGACAUGGCCAUAGAUAUACCCCAUAUCUGGCUGUACCUGGCUGAGUUGGUGACCCCCAUGUUAAAAGAAGGAGGAAUCUCUAUGAGAGAACUUAUACAAGAAUUUAGCAAACCCUUGCUUCCUGUGGGAAGAGCCGGCGUCUUGCUUGCUGAAAUCUUGCACCUUCUAUGCAAACAAAUGAGCCAUAAGAAAGUGGGAGCCUUAUGGAGGGAGUCUGGCCUCAGUUGGAAGGACUACUUGCCCGAAGGGGAGGAUGUACAUACCUUUCUCAUGGAACAGAAGUUGGAGUUCACGGAGUCUGACUGUUCCAGUUCCUCAGAAGCACUUUCAGAGAAAGAACUGUCUGCAGAAGAGCUGAACAAGCAGCUGGAAAAACUCAUUGUGGAGGACAAGGCGAAUGAUGAACAAAUCUUUGACUGGGUAGAGGCUAAUCUAGAUGAAAGCCAGAUGAGUUCACCUACAUUCCUUAGAGCUUUAAUGACAGCAGUUUGUAAAGCAGCUAUUAUAGCGGACUCUUCCAGCUUCCGAGUGGACACUGCUGUUAUCAAACAGAGAGUGCCCAUCCUGCUCAAGUACCUGGACUCAGACACAGAGAAGGAACUACAAGCACUUUAUGCACUACAAGCAUCAAUAGUAAAACUUGAUCAACCUCCUAAUUUGUUGCGGAUGUUUUUCGAUUGCCUGUAUGACGAGGAGGUCAUUUCGGAGGAUGCCUUCUACAAGUGGGAGAGCAGCAAGGACCCGGCGGAGCAGAACGGGAAAGGAGUAGCGCUCAAAUCCGUCACGGCGUUCUUCACGUGGCUACGGGAGGCCGAAGAGGAGUCAGAGGAUAAUUAAAACUUAAAAAAAAAAAAAAAAAUACAGAUUUAAAACAAACAAACAAAAAAAAAAAAAGAAACAAUUUAAGUAUUUUUUUAAAAAGUUUCACGUCUUCGCCAAUCACAGUGCAGCAAGGCCAAUUCUCUCUCGCAGACCCCCCUUGCCCCACACACGCACGAGUGGGAGAGGUAAAACCCGAUAAACACCGAGGUGAUCAUGGAGGCAAAAAGGUACUUGAAAACAAACCCACAAAAAGUAAACUUCAAACCUGAGGGCGGGAGCACUAAACCAAAAUACAUGUAUUAUUUAUAGAAAAUAUUUUCUGUUUUAAUCUUUUUCUUUUCUUUUUAAACAAGGACUCAUACUUAGGAAAACACACAGCAAAACAAAUCUGUUUAGCAAAAACAAGUUGAAAACUUUUAAUUUAUUAUUUUAAGGACUGCAAAUGCCAGUGUAAUUUUUAAAUUUGCAGUUUCUGUAAACAAAUUGUAUAAUAGAACAAAAGCAAAGAAAUAAAUUUCCCUCCCCUUCAUAC